AAAACAGUGAUAACGUGACCGUGAUGUUAUAUUUUGCCGCGGCUGACAUCGGCAUUCGGCACGACGCUACGACGACGUUGCGUUUACGGCGUUUACGCGUAGAGCAGUUAUUCGUUAUUACCUGAAUCGAUUUUGUACACGAUGGCCACGAAAAGUUACAUCUUAGACAAUGGUGCAUACACGGCCAAAGUUGGUCACACGGACGACGAGGCGCCCAAGAUUAUACCCAAUUAUAUUAUGAAGGCCAAAAGCGAACGGCGUAGAACAUUUAUCGGUGAUCAGCUUUCAGAGUGCCGUGACAAAUCGGGAUUGUACUUUAUGUUGGGCUUUCAAAAGGGUUACUUGUUGAAUUGGGAUAUUCAGAAAACAGUAUGGGAUUAUAUUUUCAGUAAAGAUUGUUGUAAAGCCAACUUUCUUGAAAUGCCAUUAAUUGUAACUGAACCAUAUUUCAAUUUUAAUUCUAUUCAGGAAGGAAUGACCGAAAUGUUUUUUGAAGAAUAUGAGUUCCAAGCUUUAUUGCGAACUAAUGCUGGAAAUCUAUCUUGCUACCAUUAUCACCACAAUAAACCAUCCACCAAAUGUUGCUUGGUUGUUGAAACCGGCUAUAGUUUUACACAUAUUGUUCCUUACAUUUUAAAACAAAAAUUCAAGCCCGGAAUAUUACGAGUCAAUGUUGGAGGCAAAAUUCUUACUAAUCAUUUGAAAGAAGUGAUAUCAUACCGACAGUUACAUGUUAUGGAAGAAACAUACGUUAUGAAUCAAUGCAAGGAAGACUUGUGUUUUAUGUCUACAGAUUUUGAUAGAGAUCUGAAAAUYGCAAAAAUGAAAUGGCCAAAAAAUACUAUUGUCAGAGACUAUAUUUUACCUGAUUAUACAACUGUGAAUAGAGGAAUUAUAAGAACAWUAGAUGAAACUUCAGUGAGCAGAACUAUAGAUAAAGAUCAGCAAGUUUUACGCAUGAACAAUGAACGUUUUACAAUACCAGAAAUUUUAUUCCAUCCAAAUGAUAUUGGAAUACCACAAAUGGGUAUAUCAGAAGCAAUUGUUUUAAGUAUAAAUUUAUGCCCAGAAGAGACUAGAUCUCAUCUAUAUAACAAUAUCAUUGUAACUGGUGGUAACGGUUGUUUUCCUGGUUUUGAAGAGCGCCUUACUAAAGAAGUGCGGGCUCUUGCUCCUGAUGAAUUUGAUGUUUCAGUAACUGUACCUGAAAACCCCAUUACAUAUGCUUGGCAUGGAGGAAAUUUAUUAAGUAAAGAUCCAGAUUUUUUUUCACUUGUGGUAACUAAAGAGGAAUAUGAUGAAGAAGGAUUUUCUUCUAGACUUCCAAUGAAUUGGGCAUUGAGACCAGUAUUGCCAGAGAAUGUGACAACCAACAAUAUUACUACAGUGAAUGUGUUUGUAGACACUAUUAUUGAUCGAACCUCAACCAGCAAGAUUGUUAAGAGUCUUGGACAAUUGUCUGUGAUAAAGUCAUUGACUCAUCUUAAACGUGUUAAAAAUCAAACSAUAAUACUAAUGUUGGCCAAAGAUUUAAAUCCAGAAGAGUGUGUGGCGGAAUUGGAAAGUAAAGGAUUUAAUUUUGCUGGCCUAUCAGGUCAGCCUGAAAUCAUACCAGUCCCGGCUUGCAUGCCAAAAACAUGUAGCCAGAACCUACAAGCUCGUAAGCUGUGGCCAUGCAACUUUCAUCCAGACAAACGGCUAGAGUCAAUAUUGAGUGGUGAUUUUUUUAACCAACUUGAACUUGCCACUAUUGAUGGAUACAUGAGAAUGGCAUUGGCAUGUGCAACUGGUGGAGUUGGUGCUGUGGUAGUCAAUCCUUUAAACRAUUUGAUUGUAGCCCAAAGUGGUGAUUUUCGUGCCGAACACCCCGUAAAGCAUGCAAUUAUGUGUGUGGUAGAUAAAGUGGCCAAGACUCAAGGAGGUGGAGCGUGGAACCCCUCAUCUACUAUAGCUAAAACAUCUAGGAUCAAUGAUGACAAGACUGGGCCAUACUUAUGCACAGGAUAUGAUGUCUACGUAACCAAAGAACCAUGUGUGAUGUGUGCGAUGGCAUUGGUGCACAGCAGAGCGAGAAGAGUUUUCUAUGGAUAUGAGGAUGCCAGUGGACCCGGAGGCUUAGGUGGAUCAGUUAGCAUACAUCUCCUCAAAGGAAUAAACCAUCACUUUGAGGUUUUUGCUGGUGUUCUAGAAGAAGAGUGCCGAACUGCAGCAUUAGCUUUGCAUACCAACAAUGUUGCUCAGAACAUAAAKCACACUGAGUACAUUGCAGAAUCCUAAURUCUAUCUAUAAAAUAAAUUGACUCAUACUAAUCAUGCUUCAAUGUUUAUCUYACAUACUUUUAAWUUUUAGUAUUUACUGUCAAUGUAUUUAGUUUGUACUUAAAGUAGGUACAAUUAUAUAGUACCUAGGUAUUURCAUAGUACCUACCUAUGACCUWUCAGAUAUCCUGUUAAAUGACAAAUCGAAAUCCAUACAACUAUGUUGUAAUAUUUGGUAUCUAUUACUACGUUUAUAURAUGGCGUUAAAAUGGUUUGAAAUUAAAUYGKUAUUAAAUUCUCAAGCUAUAUACUGCGAGUGUUUUAACACCAUCAUAAUAUAGACGUAGUAUAUAGGCURUAGCACAGUAUUGAAAAAUUGAUAUGACGUUUAAAUGUCUGUGUAAAAAAACACAUCAACAAAUCAACUUUUAAACUUCUUUUGAAUCUUUAAGGACCAUUCGGAAAAAUCGUUUUAACACAAUGAAAUAGCUAUAAAAUAAAAAUAACUGUAGACAGUUGAAAAGUUUUGAAGAUACAUCAGCAAAUAUGCAGUAGGUUCGGUUUUGUUACAAAUAAAUYGAAUURCCUAUAACUAUAGGUAGGAAUAACAAAAGUUAGACCCAGGGUGGGUUUAAAGCCUUAAAGCGGCAUCAGAGAACCUUAGAAUAAAAUACCUAAAUUGAGUUGAAUAUUAAUAUAAAAGAU